CCCCACGCUGCUGACCGUACCGUCUUAGCCAGGGGUGUCCCCAAGGUCCACAGCUUAAGGUACCUCAACUACCUAAACCCAACCAAUCCUAUCAGAUGCCGUCAAGUUCAAGAGAAGCUGUCUCAGACGCCAAGUCCCGAGCUUGGAAUGUUCACGACGACACACAAAAUGUAGGCAUGUCUCAAUCAGCCAAGAGCAAAGGGAAACAGCGCGACCCUCCGCCGUCUCUGUUCCUUCAUCCAUCUCCGGCCGCCUCUCAUGCCUCGUUACCGGGUAUACUUGCGCCUGGAGCGCCAGCCACUUCGUCCGCUGGCGUCCCACCUCUCCCUCAGCAGGCCAUGAAUAUCCAACGAAAUGGAUCCCUUCAUACGGGCUCGGUAGUCGCGCCAUCCGUUGCACGCCCUGUCCGGAAUCUCAAGACCGCCGACAGCGCCCGGAGCAGCGACAGGACCGACGCGCUAUGGGCAGAGAUGCAGGCGACACUCGAGGAGGUCGAACUCUCGGCGUCAGGUGGAACUCACGUGUUUGGGCCUGAUCACGAUCGCAAGCUGGAGGAGCUGAGGACGGCGCAGAUCGACCUGGCACAGGCGUGGGCACGAAGUGAAGCCGAUGAGGCCAUCGAGAUGACGGGCCAGCGCUCCAACACGUCAGCAGCCGGGGGCGAGGAGGUCCGCAACCUCAAGAGCGCAGUGCUCGGAGAGACGAGCGGCGUGGCGUCAGAUGGCAACGAGGGACCGCGGAGCACGGGAAGCAACAAUGGGCGACCAGGCAGCAGCGGGGGCACGGAGCGACUCGGUGCGAAACUCGAGCAGGAGACAGAGGUGGACAUUUUGCUCGCACGAAAGAGGCGCGAGGCCAACGAUCGGUACUUCCAACGAGUCAACAAAGGUGUCCUCGACGUUGUUGCCAAACUCGAACACGUUGCUGUUGCGAUGCGGGCUGUUGAGCAGGAGACUAAGGAUAUCUGGGGCGAGAAUGACAGCGCGACGGGCAGUGCGAAGGGGUAGAGACAACCCGGUGAUCUUGCUGUGUUUUGUUUGUCCUUUUACCUGAAGCAUCACCCGGGGCCUCUGUAUUACACUAGCCUUGAUUCUUUGCAUGCUCGGGAAGGAGUUUCGUUGUUUGGUGGUUUAUGGGUCGGCGUUGAGGAUCACAUGCAUUGGGCGGUAGCACCCCACCAACGUCAGGUUGAUAGAUUGGCACUGGAUGCCUAUAGUAUUAAUUGAUAUCUCUAAGCCAGCUCAACGUUCCUGUUCGGGCUUUGUGAGGCGACCAAC